GGAGGCGGGCGCCUCCUAGUGGUCAACGAGCAGGACAUGCGAGACAGCCUGGUUCUGGGGUGGCACGGGGCUCUGCGGUUAGGAUGAGUUUGUGGGCUGGCUUGGACUUGCCCUCUUUACUCGUCACCUGGAAUGACAUUUGUGAGGCUGUCAGCCCUGCCUUGGUUUUUAGAGAAAAGGGUGACUUGGGCAGAUUUGAUAUUAGAAUCGUAGAAUGGCGGAAUCAUAGAAUGGCUUUGGUUGGAAAGGAUCUCAAAGAUUAUCUAGUGCCAUCCUUGGAAAUGGGGUUCAGAAAUGAGGAGAUCCCCACAAUGUUACAGGUUUUGCAUCUAAAUAACGUGAGCCAGCUGCUCUGAGGUACUACAUUGCCUGUGUGCUGCUGUGUACACGUCCAUUCUUGCAGACUGGCAGCAUAGUGGUAAACAAGAGAUGAAUAUGGUGAUGCUGUGACAAAGCAACGUUGGCCUAUGUGGGCCUUAAGCUCUCCCACAGUUCAAAUAUUUACUGGUUUACAGCAUCCCUUACAUUUCUAUUUUACAGGAAGCUGUCCACUCCAUGCAAUUAUGUAAAUUGUAGGAUUUAUUACUGGUUCCUGUAUAGUAAAAAAAACAAAGUGAUACUUGUAUUACUUUUAUACAGAUGGGCAGCCUGUCUUCUGAACCAAUUACCUUGGACUUGCUCUGUCCAUCUAUGCUGCUAUGAAGUCCACUCCUGCCAUUGCCCUCCAUAGAGCUAGUGAUGCCCUGGAUCUCACCUGGAGAUCUGGAGAUCUGGUCAGUGCUGAACUCUGGAUUUUGGGCAAGUUGUUCUCUAAUCUCAGAAUCUGAUUGAGUUGACACAGCUGUCCCAGAGGAACUAGGCUCUCAGCAUAAGCACAUAAGUAUCAUCACAGUAGGCAGCUGCUUUGUGGGUCUUGGGAGGUCUUAAGCUGCAAGCUCUGCAGAUGUGUGCACUCCUUGCAGUAUUCUAGCUCUGUGCUGCAGCAAGAUGGGUGUACUUUUUCCCUGGACCCAGAGGCCAGAGAAAAAGAGAAACCAUGUGGAAAAUAGGGGACAAGACCUGCAGGGAGUGCCACCAAAAAUAUGUAAAUAAAGCAACUGUAGCUCAGUUUGUAGAAACUCUCUGAGAUGCAAGUUUGCUCUACAGCAGAAUGAAAUCAACAGCUUGCUCAGAGCCUUGGGAACGUAGCUGGAAUUCACUGUGGAAGGCAAACUGCGUGAGGCAAAUUAGUGCUUUUGGACUGAACAAGAAUAGGUAACAGUGCUUAACCUGGCAAGUAAUCUAAGAGGCAUCAUGUAGAAAGAGUCUGCUUACCCUGCUGGCCAGUGGAUAGAGAAAGUCCACGAGUGGUAACAGGCAGGGGAGGACUCAGGGGCCGGACUCAGAUCAGGUGGUGAACUCAGAGUGUCCUCCUUCCUGGAGUUUGCUCAGGGCAGUGCUGAAUUUACAGCUGGUGAGUUUCAGUUGUUCCUGAAGAGGAAGAUACUGAAUGUUGUGACUGGGGAGCUCAGAACCAAUUUUUACCUCCCUUUAGGGACAGAAGAAAGACCUGCUCCCAAAGCGAAGACCUUCCUCAGGUCAGUCGUUUUUAAAUUCUUACCUCUGCCAGCAGCUGCUUCUCAAGCCCUGAGGAUUUCACUGAGCCAAUUUAAUGCUGGUGGUCAGACAGUUUAAACCCAUUAGCUGCCAGCUAUCUGAGUAAAUUUUCUUCUCCAAACCCAGCGCACCGGCAGAACACUCCAAGUAGAACUGCAGAGAACUGCCACAUUAACUGGACAUUUGAGUACAACUGUUGUGGCCUGCGUGGUGAGCAUUUAGGGGCUGAAGAAAAUGCCACUGGCUAGAUCACUGUCCAUGACCUCUCUUAAUGGGCUUCCUCAAUGGGAAGAUGAAGACCUACCAGUGGAGGACUUGUUGCUCUUUGAAGUUUCUUGGGAAGUUACCAACAAAGUGGGAGGAAUUUAUACCGUGAUCCAGACGAAAGCCAAAAUUACAGCAGAUGAAUGGGGUGAAAACUAUUUUCUGAUUGGUCCUUACUUUGAGCACAAUGUGAAGACUCAGGUGGAAGUAUGUGAGCCUCCAAACCCUGCAAUUAAGAAGGCAAUGGAUACCAUGAAAAGCCAAGGGUGUCAGGUCUUUUUUGGAAGAUGGCUGAUAGAGGGCAGCCCAUAUGUCUUACUGUUUGAUAUAGGAUCAGCAGCCUGGAAUCUGGACAGAUGGAAAGGCGAAUUUUGGGAUGCUACCAACAUAGGGAUUCCUUUUCAUGACCGAGAAGCCAAUGAUGCUGUAAUUUUUGGAUCAGUAACAGCCUGGUUUUUAAAAGAGCUUUCCUGUCAGUUUGAUGACAAGCCCAACAUAGUUGCUCAUUUCCAUGAAUGGCAGGCAGGAGUGGGUUUAAUACUGUCUCGAUCUCAGAAACUUCCAGUUGCCACAAUUUUUACUACCCAUGCCACUCUGCUUGGGAGAUACUUGUGUGCAGCCAAUAUAGACUUUUACAACAAUCUUGACCAGUUUGACAUUGACAAGGAAGCAGGAGAGAGACAGAUUUACCAUCGAUAUUGUAUGGAACGGGCAUCUGUACACUGUGCCCAUGUGUUCACCACAGUCUCACAGAUAACAGCAAUUGAAGCAGAACACAUGCUUAAAAGAAAUCCUGAUGUUGUCACUCCAAAUGGCUUGAACAUUAAGAAGUUUUCAGCAAUGCAUGAAUUUCAGAAUUUGCAUUCCAUGUACAAGGCUAGGAUUCAAGAGUUCAUUCGAGGUCAUUUCUAUGGCCACCUUGACUUCAGUCUUGAAAAUACCUUAUUUUUCUUCAUUGCUGGGAGAUAUGAGUUUUCCAACAAAGGAGCUGAUAUGUUUCUAGAAGCCUUAUCAAGACUAAACUUUUUGCUGAGGGUACAUAAGAGUGAUGUUACAGUCGUUGUGUUCUUCAUUAUGCCAGCAAAGACAAACAAUUUCAAUGUGGAAACCCUGAAAGGACAAGCAGUCCGGAAGCAGCUCUGGGACACUGCACAGUCUGUGAAAGAAAAGUUUGGAAAGAAACUCUACAAUGCCUUACUAAAAGGAGAAAUUCCAGACUUGAGCAAGAUUCUUGACCGGGAUGAUAUAACCAUUAUGAAAAGAGCCAUCUUUUCAACUCAGCGACACUGUCUGCCUCCAGUGACCACCCACAACAUGAUUGAUGAUGGCAAUGAUCCAAUACUCAAUACCAUCCGACGAAUUGGCCUUUUCAACAACCGAACAGACAGAGUAAAGGUGAUAGUACAUCCAGAGUUUCUUUCUUCGACAAGCCCGUUGUUGCCCUUGGACUAUGAAGAAUUUGUUAGAGGUUGUCACUUGGGUGUAUUUCCAUCAUACUAUGAACCCUGGGGUUACACUCCAGCUGAAUGUACUGUGAUGGGUAUUCCCAGCGUGACCACAAACCUUUCUGGAUUUGGCUGUUUCAUGCAGGAACAUGUUGCUGACCCAGCUGCUUAUGGCAUCUACAUAGUUGACAGGAGGUUCCGCUCACCUGAUGAAUCAUGCAACCAGCUGACUCAGUUCCUGUAUGGAUUUUGUCAGCAGUCCCGUCGCCAGAGGAUCAUCCAAAGAAACCGAACUGAGAGGCUCUCAGAUCUGUUGGACUGGAGAUACCUAGGCAGGUAUUACAUGCAUGCUAGACACUUGGCCCUCAGCAGAACAUUCCCUGAUAAAUUUGAGAUGGAACCAUGUGCUCCACCAAAGACGGAAGGUUUCAGAUUCCCAAGACCUUCAUCAGUGCCACCAUCGCCUUCUGUCUCUCAGCAUUCCAGUCCUCACCAUAGUGAAGCCGAAGAUGAAGAUGAGGAUGAAAGAUAUGAUGAGGAUGAGGAAGCUGAAAGGGAUAGGCAAAAUAUCAAGUCUCCAUUUUCACUUGGAGUAUUGCCACAAGGAAAGAAGAAGCAGCAUGGAGAGUUCAGGAACUGAAUGUGUUGCUCUCCACCCAUACAGAGUCUCUCCAUGUAUUUAAGAGUAAAGUAGGCAUUGCAAGCUUUGUAUUAAGGACAGUAUGUUAUAUUUUAGGAGAAUCUUAAAUGACACUUGAGCUACACUGUUGGGAAGCCUAAUAUUUCUUCAUCGUGAAAGUAGUUUAGAUGACAAUUCUUCUGUGCUCCUCGGAAGUAGAAGAAUUUUAUCAAGCUUAGUAAACUUAGAGAAUGUAACAGUCUCCUUAAGCUUAUCUGAAGCGUAGAUCACACCUUUGUCUGCAUGAUCAUCUACACUAAUAUUAGUUCAUGCUGAUAGUUCUGCAAUGGUUGUUCCAAAUGAAUUCUUCCUUCAUUUAUGUCCCUCACUUCCUCCUCCCAAACUAACAUAAUCUUUAAGCCAGAGCUCAGAAAAUUUAGAGAAAAAGAGUGUUACCCUGGAGAAAUCUUGUCAGAGGUAAAAACUGAGAAGAAAAUGGUCUUCAUCUCUCCUUAUGCUGUUUACCUUAUUGUAAACUUACAUCAUUUGAAACAUUUUUUACAGCACAUGGAAGCGUCUUGGAUUAAAACACACUGUGGAACAAUAUAAAGUCUUAUGCAGUGGUCAUUUGAAUUAAAGAUACAAAUGAAGUCAUCUUCUUCAAGUCCUUUAGACCUACAAUA